UCUUGAACAAUUAAGCAUGAAGGUAGCAUAAUAUGCAUUUGAUGAUAACAUAGUUGGAGAAUUUACAAAACUUACCACUAAGUGAUUCCAUUUGCCAGCUCAAUCAACUUGCAUAGUUGAUGUGCACCUUUCUAUAUUCCAAAUGGAGAAUUUAAGAUAACAUAGAAAUUUCAUUCCAUUUUCAUUGACAGAAUUUUAUUUUGGGCUGUAAAUGGAGAAUAAGAUUUUGGAAAAACACUAUUUAGUAUUUACUAAGUGACAUUCACACAAAUGCAUGAAAAUGAAAUUAUAAGAAACAUGAGACUAAUUCUACAUGGAACAUGAUUCCUCUACCUUUCAAUUCUUUCCUUCCAUUGUGGAUUCCAAAUUAGUACCUUCUUCAUAAUCUUCUGUCAAGCAUAAACCUCACUUUUUGCUACCAUAAAUUCCUAUUAAGCCUUCUCUAAACACUUAUACUUUCAGCCUUCUCUUUUCAACAAUUCUAAGUAUAAUCACAAAAGCAAAAAGAAGAUGAGUUUAGAGGAGAAACCGGUAUCAGUUGGACCAUGGGGAGGAAGUGGAGGAUAUAGCUGGGAUGAUGGUGUUUAUUCAACAAUAAGGCAAUUGGUGAUAGUUCAUGGAGAAGGAAUUGACUCCAUUCAGAUUGAGUAUGACAAAGAAGGAGAUUCUGUUUGGUCAUUGAAGCAUGGUGGAAGUGGAGGCCAUAAAAUUGAAAAGAUCAAACUUGAUUACCCAAAUGAGUUCCUAACAUCCGUUGAUGGAUACUAUGGUAGCUUAAAUCAAUGGGGACCAAUCUUCAUCAGGUCAAUAAGUUUUGAGAGUAACAAGAAACUCUAUGGACCAUUUGGAGUUGAACAAGGAACAUACUUUACCUUGCCAGUGACAGGAGCCAAGAUUGUUGGAUUCCAUGGCAGAUAUGGUUGGCACAUAGAUGCCAUUGGAGUCCAUCUAAGGUCCUAUCAGCAGCCAAAACCAUCCAAAACAUUGUCUAAUUCACACAACCACAUUAAUAACACCAAUGACAGUGUUGGUUAUUCUGUAAUACAAGGAAGUGUUAGCCAAGGUUUUGAUAUUGUUGUUGCUGUAAAACAGAAAGAUGGUUUUUCUAGCAAAACUUCACCAACCAAUAAGAUUCUCACCUUUAAAGAACCUAACAGUAUUGAAUCAAAAGAAAAGAUAGUUCCUAUGGUGAAGGCACCAUCAAUAGUUGAUGAUGGUGUGGUAACAUAUGGACCUUGGGGUGGUAAUGGUGGAUAUGUAUUUGAUGAUGGACCUUACACUGGAAUCAGGCAAAUCGAUUUGUCGCGUAACAUUGGAAUUGUGUGGAUAAGAGUUUUGUAUGAUCUUGAUGGAGAGGCCGUAUGGGGACACAAAUAUGGUGGAGCUGGAGGAUUCAAACAUGAAAAGAUGAUCUUUGAUUUUCCAAAUGAAGUACUAACACAUAUAUCAGGCUACUAUGGAUCUUUGAUGUACAUGGGGCCUUCUAUUAUAAGGUCACUUACAUUCCACACUACCAAAAGGACUUAUGGACCAUUUGGAGAUGAAUAUGGAACUUAUUUCACAACAAAGCUGAAAGAAGGAAAGGUAGUUGGCAUUCAUGGUAGAAAAGGUUUAUUUCUAGAUGCUCUUGGUGUACAUGUCAUAGAAGGAAAAGUAAUAGUAUCAGUUCCAACAUCUCCCUCCAUGGAAAUCAUACCAAGAGAACCAAGUAUUACUGAAAUCAAAAGUGCUCAAUGGCCAACCAAACCUGUACUUUCUAAACCAGCACCACUUGAAGAGGUUCCUAGUGGUGUGAUUAAAGAACCAGCUCCAUGCGGACCAGGUCCAUGGGGUGGAGAUGGAGGUAGACCUUGGGAUGACGGAGUCUUUUCUGAUAUUAAGCAGAUUUAUUUGACAAAAUCACCAGAAGGAAUUUGCUCAAUUCAAAUCGAGUAUGAUCGGAAUAAGCAAUCUGUAUGGUCUGUGAAGCAUGGUGGUAAUGUAGGAAGCAUCACACAUAGGAUAAAAUUGGAGUAUCCGAAUGAGGUUCUGUCUUGCAUAACAGGCUAUCAUGGUACGGUUGCUACUGAUGAACAAGCUAUAGUCAUUAAGUCGCUGACUUUCCAUACUAGUAGAGGAAAGUAUGGUCCAUUUGGUGAUGAAGUAGGGAAGUUUUUCACUUCAACGAAAACGGAGGGAAAGGUGGUGGGUUUUCAUGGGAGGAGUAGCAUGUACUUGGAUGCUAUUGGGGUCCAUAUGCAACACUGGUUAGGAAGUCAGAAAACUUCAAGGUCAUCAUCCCUCUUCAAGAUAUUUUGAUUCUGAAGAUUAAAAAAUUGUAAUAAUAUUAAUCAGAUGAUUACUGCGAAAGGGGCACGGAGAAAAAAAAGAAGUGUAGAGGAUAAGCAGCCGAGCUCAUUCCCUUCGCUUCUAGGGCCCAAAGCAGUGCAGUCUUUCCUGGCCAAAUCAAGGAUUUCGUAUACUAUCUAAAUAAUGAUUUGUCCUUAUAUUCAAUCUAAUUAUACAUUUUAACACAGUAUCAAUUGCAAGAGUAACUUGUGACAA